CGAAAAGUGAUAAAUAAAGUCCACAUACUCUGCACUUGGUGUCCAUCUGUAUUGUCAGCAGAAAUACAGACAGAGCGGUACCUCCGCCUCUUCUUCCCCGGUCAUCACUCACUUCCCACACAACACCAAGAUCUCUCAGAUUUUGGUUUCUGUUUGUUGAUGGAGCCCUACCAUGAAGUUUCAGAAAUGCCAGAGCAGAUUAUACUACGCUGGGACACUGCCGCGCCGGAUGAAGUGAAGGAUAACAUGAUUUUUGACUCCGACAGGGAAGAGAUCGAUCGAUACUUGCGGGCCGUCGAUGAAAUCCAGAGGUCGAUGUCGUCGGCUUCGAUAUUGGACGAUCAGAACAAAGUCGAUUCCACUAUGCAGAUUGCCAUGGCCAGGCUUGAGGAUGAGUUCCGUCACAUUCUGUCCACUCAUACCAUUCCGAUCGAGGUCGAGUCGCUUACUGAUCCGUCUCCAUCUGCUUGCUCCAUGUCCAGUUGUACGAGUGGUGUCUUCGAGGACGUGAACGACGACGAAGCGGAUUCGCAGGAAGUUCACCUCGAUUUAAGUGGUAGUCCAAGUUUUGGGUCAAGUGGACGAUCGAGCUAUCGGAGGACGAGCAGUAUUCGUGAAAUUGAUCUGAUACCUUCGGAGGCGAUUAUCGAUCUACGGAGUAUUGCUGAGAGGAUGAUAGCGGCAGGGUACCUGCGCGAGUGCAUCCAAGUCUAUGGCAGUGUGCGAAAGUCCACAUUCGACUCCAGCUUCAAACGCCUCGGAAUUGAGAAACUGAGCAUUGGAGAUAUCCAGAGGUUGGAUUGGAACGAGCUGGUGACGAAGAUCAGAAGGUGGAUCAGAGCGGCAAAGAUUUCCGUUAGGAAUCUGUUUUCCAGCGAGAAGAGGCUCUGCCAGCAAAUCUUCUAUGGCAUAGGGACCGCCAUAGAGGAUGCUUGUUUCAUGGAGACUGUUAAAGGUCCUGUGACUCAAUUGUUCAAUUUCGCCGAAGCGAUCAGUAUUAGCCGCAGAUCGCCGGAGAAGCUGUUCAAGAUUCUAGACCUCCAUGAUGCCUUAACAGAUUUGAUACCUGACAUUGAUGUUAUAUUCGAAUCAAAAUCGGCGGAAUAUAUUCGGAUUCAGGCGGCGGAGAUAUUGUCGCGGCUGGGGGAGGCCGUCAGAGGAACUUUAUCGGAGUUUGAAAACGCGGUGCUGCGAGAGCCGUCGCUGCAUCCGGUGCUGGGCGGGACGGUUCAUCCGUUGACAAGGUAUGUAAUGAACUAUGUGAGUCUGAUUUCCGAAUACCAAGUGGCCUUAGAGGAGCUCAUCGUGUCCAAACCGUCGACGGGCUCGAGGAACUCGGCAGAUAUGGAUGAGUUUUCGGAGGUAGAGGGGAAAACCCCGCUAGCGCUCCAUCUGAUAUGGAGCAUCGUGAUUCUGCAGUUGAAUUUGGAGGGAAAAUCCAGGCAGUACAAAGACCCUUGUCUAGCUCAUUUCUUUAUCAUGAACAACGUUCAUUACAUUGUUGAGAAGAUAAGAGGAUCCCCGAAAUUGCGAGACAUGAUUGGAGAGGUUUAUCUGAAAAGGAUGACCGGGAAGUAUCGACAGGCGGCGACAAACUACGAGCGAACAACGUGGGUGAAUGUGGUGUACUGCCUGCGGAACGAAGGGUUGAAUGCGGGGGGAAGCUUGUCUUCAGCCCCCUCAAAGAGCGCUAUUAGAGAGAGAAUGAAGAGUUUCAACGCCAUGUUUGAGGAGGUUCACAGGACGCAGUCGGCAUGGUUGAUCCCAGAUCCUCUGCUGAAGGAGGAGCUUCGCAUAUCCAUAACCGAGAAGUUGAUCCCGGCUUACAGGUCGUUUCUUGGCCUCCAUGGUCACCACAUAGAGAGUGGAAGGCACCCAGAAAAUUACAUCAAGUACUCGGUUGAGGAACUGGAAAAUGGCAUCCUGGAUUUCUUUGAGGGUUGCUCGGUACCCCAUAACUUGAGAAGGAGAUCUCACUGAAAAACAUGAAACUAAAAUUCUUUCAAUUUUUGGGGGAGUUUUUGAGGUCAUAUGGUGGUUGCCUCCUUUAUCAUGCUUCUAAUAUUGGGCAACUGAUCUGCUCUGCUUUAGCUUUCCAACUGACCCUGAAUUCCCCUUCCUUGUAAGCAUUUUUUCUAAAUUAUUUUGUUCAUUUCUUAUUAUUUAUUUUGCUGGCUGCCUCCUCCUAAGCAUCUAAGUCUUUUCCAGUUCAGCAUUUUUCCUCUUUUCCAAACAAUUUUAGAUGUCUAUCUCAUAUGCGUUUGUAUUUAAUUGACGAAGAAGCUUUGAAAGCCUUCAGAAAUAGCAAAUAAAGAGAAUUUAGUUCUCAUUUUCACUUCUAAGUAUAUUACUUAGAGCCCAAUGUGGCCCAGAGAGCCCAAUGUGGAACACGUACUCAUACUACACUGUGGAGUUGCCUAGUUUAGAUUGUGAACCUGCAGAAGCCCAAUAUGAUAUGAAUAUUGAAUACCUUUUCUUCCAAAGAAGAACAAAACCGAGUGUUGUUUUCUUGGCGACAAAGCUUCGGCUUUCUUUACAUCGCUCCUCCUGUUUACACACAUUUCACUCGAGCAAGAAGAAUCGGAAGAGGUGAAGCGGAGGUGGAUACGAUCGUCACAUCACAAUUUUCUCACCCGAAGCUCGUCUUUUUCAAGUUGAAUAUGCAUUUAAGGCUGUCAAGGCUGCUGGAAUUACUUCUAUUGGCGUUCGCGGUAAAGAUUCAGUUUGUGUUGUGACCAAAACAAGGUUCCGGACAAGCUUCUGGAUCAAUCAAGUGUCUCACAUCUUUUCCCUAUCACAAAGUACCUAGGGUUGUUAGCAACAGGCGUGACAGCUGAUGCCAGAACAUUGGUUCAGCAAGCAAGGAAUGAAGCAGCCGAGAUUCGUUUUAGAUAUGGAUAUGAGAUGCCGGUGGAUGUAUUAGCUAAAUGGUACCAUAUUUAUUUCAUACAAUACUAUGCAAUUAUGAUUUUAAUUAUAUACCGCACAAGUAAAAAAUCUGUUUUAUCAUAUGAACUCUGGAUUGUAGAGCAAAGAAUAGCUCCACAUGUUGCUUAUUGACCUUACUUUAUCGUUGUAUAUUCCAUAACUUUGUUCUGGAUAUUGUUCAAAUCAAUUUGAUUUAUAACUU